UCUCGGUAAUGAUGUCUCAUCAUAUAAUCACUGUUUUCCUAAUUGGGUACUCGUACAUUACAAGCUUCUUCCGGAUAGGGUCAGUUAUUCUUGCACUGCAUGAUGCAAGUGAUGUAUUUCUUGAAGCAGCUAAGGUUUUCAAAUAUUCUGAGAAGGAGCUUGGGGCAAGCAUAUUCUUUGGAUUGUUUGCUUUAUCAUGGCUUAUACUGAGGUUGAUAUUCUUUCCAUUUUGGAUCAUAAAAUCCUCAAGCUAUCAUCUCUGUCAGUUCUUGAGGCUCUCGGAGGUUUAUCAUAUGUCAUUAUACUAUAUUUUCAAUACGAUGUUAUUGACUCUACUUGUGUUCCACAUAUACUGGUGGAUUCUCAUAUACUCAAUGAUCAUGAGACAGCUGAACAACAGAGGGAAAGUUGGAGAAGAUAUCCGAUCUGAUUCAGAGGACAAUGACUAGUUGGAAGAGAUUCUUCAAAUAUUUGUGAUUCUCUUCAUUUUAAAUGUUAACCAUGGGAGACUGCUUUGACUUGUUCUUUGUUUGCAUCUGAGGGUUCUUUUUUCAUUGGAAAUAUGUUGAAAUUUUCUACAUUCCUCUGAGCAUCAGAUAUUCCUGAGCAUGGGAUAGGAAAAAAGGAGGUAAGACCAUGUAGUGUUUCACUUCAUGAGCAUGGGAUUUUCAUGUGUAAUUGUUUUCUUAUAGUUCCUGUGUCUUGGAAGUUUUGUCAAUUUGAUGUGGAGGUUAACCAGAGAGAUUGGUUACCAUGGAGCAAAGCAGUGAAGAUAUUUUAGAGAUUUACACAAAAAUAUAUGAACUUGGAGUACAAGAUUGUUAUGAAUCCUCCUUUUUUUUCUCUUUGGAGGCCGGGGAGGUGAGAGGAGUAGAUUGACCUUUUAGUUCUUUUGAUCACCAUCUAUUCUAAAAGCUUAAGUUGUUAGAGAAAGUGUAACUAAAGUACUUAUACAUUCACAAGUUGGAUGUACGAUUACUAAUACCUUCUGAUUUUGUCCCAGCCUGAGGCUUUUAUACUCUGUUUUCAGGGCUUUUAUGCCUCUUUCUUCUUCUCAUGAUAUGAUUUUCUUUUUAUUUUAUAGAAAGACAAGAAAUGUUGGCUGAAAUUCUCUAAAAAACCUUUAGGAGUGUUGGUACUUUGAAAUUUGAGUAUGUACUGAGUGACCUUUGUUAGUAAGGCCAGGUAAAGGUGCAUAGUUACAUUCAUUAAGCAGCAGUUUAUAAUGAAUAAACAUUUUUACUGUCCCUAGCAGUCCAUCUGAAGCCGUAGUUUCCUUUGAAGUUGGUUUCGAAUCCAGAGCUUGGUGGUCUUUGACUUGUGACCAGAUCAA